CCGCUCGCUCACUCGCUCAGUCAGUCGCGCGUCGGAUCCGGGCAGCCGUACAACUUAACUUACUAAUUCUAGUAAUUAACACCAAAAUCAGAACAAUCAUGAGCACCAAUGAAAAUAACAGUGAAGUGGCCGUCGACAAGGUCGGCGAUGAGAAGAAAGGAGACGCGAAAAGUGACCUAAAAGGAGCCAAAAGGGCAGCAGAGGAAAAAACAACAGACGCGAAAAAGGCGCGAAAGGAGGAAAAUGGUGGUGGUGGUGAUGAUGAGCCACACAGUGAAGAGGAAGACUUAGAAGGAGAAGGCGAGGGCGAAGAGGAUGACGACGAAGAAGUGGAGGGAGAGGAAGACGACGAAGAGAUAGGCGAGGGAGAGGACGACGAUCUCGAUGGCGACGUUACAGACGAGGAAGUAGAGGAGGAGCUGCUCGGGGAAGAGGAGGAGGAGGAUGCGUAAUACGCCACGUGCCUCUAUAUGGACAAUGUCACAGUGAUGUGUUAGUGCUCGUGACGCCUCGGACUGGCGCGGCCUCGCCUCGCCUCAACUGUCCACACUCAGCGACAGCCCCAACUACAGGACACUAACAACAGUUGGGAACACGCGGGGCCGACAACGCUCCCACCUAAAACGGGUGCAGUUCUAUUUAAAUGACAAAUGUAAUUAAUUAAGUCAAAUUCAAUGCAGAUUUUCAAUUUUUUUUACAUUGUUUAAGUUCGGUACUGAAAGCUGUAUCUUAAUUUUUCGGCUCGUUAAUGAGCGUAUAAUGAAGACUUAGUAGAAUGCUGUUGAAUUUUGUCAUGAAAUGUACAAAUGUGUUUUUGGGAAGUAAACUUUAUUCUAAGUGAAAUCCACUCUGUAUGGUCUACCUGUGAGCCCGUUGAAUGGUGAAGUUGUGAUAUUUUUCUAUGCAGUAAGAACCUAUCCGUUAAUAAACUAUAGAAGUAAGCCAGGUUUGGCGUUUAGUAAUUAAGCUAUAAGUCACAAAGCUCAAUUCUUCAUUUUCUUGUUGUCGAUGAGAGUUUGUGUGUACAUAUUUAGCGUAAGUGAAGCCUGUGAUUAUUAUAAUCAGUAAUGUAACUUAGUGUGAACGUUGCAUUCAGGUUAAUCGUAUUCUUUUAUACAGUACAUCCACGAUCGCGUUUCGAUUACACAAUCGCUCCCUCGUUCGACUCGAUCGCAUUUUGGAUCGAGUGAUAAAGUAUGAUAACGAAAUAAAACUUAAAAUUUAGUCAUUUAGCGAUACAACCAGUAUAUGUCGGCUACGUCCAGGGCUGCCGAGUCAGAACGAGGAAGCGCCACCUUAGACCGGCGCCUGACGCCGGCUUACACGCGGUUGUAUUUCAUACGUCAGUUUACUAGAAAAACAUCACAAUUUUGCCAUUAUCUUGCGCCGGCCGCCCGCCCGCUCUCUGUACGACCGAUAAAGAGAGCGCGACGGUCGCGGCGCGGUGCGAUAGCAAAUAACAAAAAUAUAUCAAACCGGCCUGUAAUUUUUGUCCAUAACUGUUAAUUAGGAUAAAACCUUCAGCUCGGUACUCCAGUGUCUCACGGUGUGGAAUAAGAGAUUCCUAGGUUAAAGUGAUUUAGUAUGUAGGAUGUACGUCAUUUUUUAUGAAAGGACGCCGGCAGCGGGGCGGGGGGCGCGUGGUCCCGCGCGUGGCCUCGUUCGAUUUGCCGGCGGCGGGCGCGCCCCGCACCACGCCGCGGCGACGCUCUCUCGCGUGGAAAAUCACCAGUUGUGCGCUUUACAUCGCUGCUCGGGCUCGACACCGGCCCGCGCGCGAUGUACGUUGCCCGCCUAGAUGCCGAUCGUCACAUGAUCGUUUUAAUACUUCUUGUUGAAUCCGUUUUCACUCCGUUCAGUCGUUCGCGGGGCGUCGGUGUGCCGACACUUAGAUGCGAUGACUUAUUUUCACGCAGCCGACCUCCGGCGGGGACUGCGAGAUGUUUUGAGAAGCAUUUAGCUAAUUGUUCCGUUGGCGAUCGAAUACCAAAGGGAGCAAAGAUGUUUUCAUUAGAGAAAAUUGACAUGGAAAUCAAUAAAAUUAUCUUAUGAGUAAAUCUUAUUGUCCCGCCUUUUCAUUUUUUUUAUAGUAAGAAUGAGCUGUCGCAUAUUUGUACUAUGUACGACUUAUGUGAAUACCUUAGUACGAUUUAUUUAUUUGUGAUGUUGAACACUAUUGAUUUUCUACAAUGGACGAAAUGUAAAUACAACCGAUUUUAAGUAAAAAGUUAUUUUGUU